UUCAGGACCUGAAGGGUCUUGGUUACGAAAAAGGGAAACCGGUUGGUUUGGUGGGGGUGACGGAGCUCUCUGAAGCCCAGAAGAAGCAGCUGAAGGAGCAGCAGGAGAUGCAGCAGAUGUACGACAUGAUCAUGAAGCACAAACAGGCCAUACAGGAGAUGCAGAUAAUGUGGGAGAAGGCAAUCCAGCAGCACGAACACGGCUACGACAGCGACGAAGAGGUGGACAGUGAGCUGGGAACGUGGGAGCACCAGCUUCGACGCAUGGAGAUGGACAAGACGCGAGAGUGGGCUGAGCAGCUGACCCAGAUGGGCAGAGGGAAACAUUUCAUCGGAGACUUCCUGCCCCCUGACGAGCUGGAGAAAUUCAUGGAGACAUUCAAGGCAUUGAAGGAAGGACGCGAGCCGGAUUAUUCGGAAUACAAGGAGUUCAGACUGACUGUGGAAAACAUAGGUUACCAAAUGCUUAUGAAGAUGGGCUGGAAGGAAGGCGAGGGGCUUGGCUCGGAGGGACAGGGGAUUAAAAACCCCGUGAGCAAGGGGACUACGACUGUGGAUGGAGCUGGUUUCGGCAUCGACCGUCCCGCCGAGCUGACCAAGGAGGAUGAUGAGUACGAGGCGUUCCGCAAACGAAUGAUGCUCGCCUACCGCUUCCGGCCAAAUCCCUUGAACAAUCCGCGACGACCUUACUACUGA